AGAAAAGAGCGCUUUGCACACAGACGACCCAAGAACUGAUGUUCAUCCUCGUGGACUAUGCCUAGCCCCUUAUUCCACCCCGAGAUUAUGGACCACGACAUGGUAGUGAGCAGCCAGCACAACGGGGUCAGCCUGCCGCGAGAGACGGACCAGGAGUCCCGGGACGAGGACCAUCAGGAGGCGCUCCGCUUCGCCCUGGACCAGCUGUCAUUUAUGGCCCUGGAGAAGGUGGACUGUGGGGGCGGUGGUGGGCUCGUUGACACGCUCGACGGGAACCAGGGACCGGGCUCCGAGAAUUGCAACGGCGGUUAUGUCGACCUGCAGAUGCUGGAGCACCAAGGAGGCUCUCGGGACUCCCCGACAUCCUGCUCCCCGUCUCCAGAGUACUAUGGAUCAGGCGGGUACCACAUGGCUGGCCCGCACUCUCACCCCAUGCUCGGGGAACAAAGCUCUGUUCUCUGCAAUCGCAAGAGGAGUGUCAACAUGACAGAAUGCGUACCUGUGCCCAGCUCCGAACACGUUGCUGAAAUAGUGGGAAGACAAGGUAAGAAUUCUGUAUUUUUUCACUUUUGUUUAUCAAUGUGGUUUGGCCGUAUCUAGCUAAUUCAUAAGGUAUUCUAGCUAUAGAAGUUCAGGGUCUAGCAAUUACCAACUACCUCUCUCAUAACCACAUGAAUGCAUAGGACUGCCUUCCUUUGUUUGGGUGGUGAGAUGAUGUCUCAUAAGUUUAUCAGCGCCGGCUCGUGUUAUUGGGGGUUGGCCUCGAUGGAUGUUGUUUAUGCGCUUUCAUAAUGCAUGUAGAUGAAGAAUUACCUACUAGCCUAAUUUGCAUGUCCCUGACAACAGUGUUGCGACUACUAAGGAUGUUCUUGGUUAUGUGUAUGGUAUUCGAGUAGGAGGGGGGGGAGGGGUGGGACAGGGUCAGACAAAGCGGCAGAUUGUCGGGAGUCUGGACAUGUCUAGCAGCCUGCACCAAACAAAAGAAACCUAUCGAAUAAUUUUUAUUUAGCUAUAUGUACGCCACAAGUCACAUUUAAACAAUAGGCCUGCCGUUGACGUCCACUUUAAAAGUAGAUUUUUUAGUCAUUUGUAUGUAAUUUUGCUCAGCCCCAAUGCGAGGCUGUUGGGAGGUCCGAUGCACAGAACACGGGACUGGGCGGUGUUUUCGCACCGAAUCCAGCCCCGUCGACCGCUCUCGACUGGUUUCAAAAUCUACCCAUAUUUUAUCUCCGCACAUUUAGCUCAAUAUUCACCACUAGUUUGCAUACACACAGUCUAUGCUUGGCCCAGUUGUGGCAGCGUUAUUGCAUUGUUCUCUUUGUUUGAAAAUGCCAUGCUUUCUGCCUCCCAGAAUGACAUCACACACUCAGCACCCCAUUGGUGAGUUAGAGUAAACCGUCCAUAUUUAAAGGAACAGUGCAGCGGUUCUUGGGUUAGCGUUAUAAAUACUACUGGGCUAACAAGCUAUAUGCCUACAUAUUAUGGAAACAGAUUUUAACCAGCCUGUUUGUCAACCAGUGAUUGCAAUGUGGCCAGAUGAAUAUUUUAGCCUGCUUAGUAAUUUUUUUGUGUGUCCGACAAAUUCCUUGUCUUUGAAUAAAUAAAACAGCAAGCAGCGGUUGUAACAAUAACAAAGCAUAUCCCCGCCCCUGUUUUGGUAAACCCCGCCCCUGUUUUGGUAAAAAGCUCAGGGAGGGGUUGGAGAAUUGUAACCACUCUCAAAUGCAUAGACCGAGCUAUAGAUGUAAGGACAGACCAUCUGUGAUAUCAAAAUUAUACUUAACGAUGUUUUGAAGCUUUAUAGUGUUUGUUUACAUGUAAUUUGUUUACAAACAUUGGAGUCAAACAAGCUUAUAUUUGGGGUUCUGGUGGGGUAAGACAGUUGAACUAAGCCCAUUACAUUUUAGUCAUUUAGCAGACGCUCUUAUCCAGAGCGACUUACAGUUAGUGAGUGCAUACCUUUUCAUACUGAUGAGGCAUUUAUUAGUUAUAUUCUUCAAGAAUCAAUGCGUACAUAUCAUCAAUUUAAAUAUGGAUGUAGCUUGCCCCUUAAAGUUAGUCACUGUAUAUAUUGUAGUAAUUCAUUUUCACAUAGUUUAUGCACAACUGAUACUUUCCAUUUAAAUUCCCAAUAUGAAAAUAAUGAUUAAUUAUUUAGUAUUAUAUAUACACACAUUCUUCUUCACCCUUCCACCCCUCUCUGUCCCAGGCUGUAAGAUCAAGGCACUGCGUGCGAAGACCAACACCUACAUAAAGACCCCGGUGAGGGGCGAGGAGCCCGUGUUCAUCGUGACAGGGCGCAGGGAGGACGUGGAGAUGGCCAAGCGGGAGAUCGUCUCUGCGGCUGAGCACUUCUCCAUGAUCCGGGCAUCCCGCUGCAAGGCUGGGGCCACGGGCACAGGAGCACCCGGGACAGGGGGAGCACUCCCCGGACCCCCACACCUGCCUGGACAGACCACCAUACAGGUACGACAACCACAGUAGGAGAUACAGCAGCCUCAUUUUUGUUAAUCAUUUAUUUAACCAGUUGAGUUCCAUUGAGAUGGUCAUCUUUAUUUUACGACAAGGGAGCCUUGGCCAGUAGUCAGCAUCACAAGCACCUGUGGAGAUAUACAAAUAUCUGUUGGUUAAAAUGUCCCUUCUUUGAAUAGAUAAAGUAGAGGUCAUAAUAAUGUCUACUUUCAUACACUUAUUGCACAACCGUUCAAUUCCAUUAAAUGCCAGUUCUUGCCAAUUGCUUUACUGCUCUGCCAGUACAGGGCAUGGUUCAUCCCCACUUUAUCCUGUAUUACUAAGUAUUUCCUUCCCUGGUGCAGGUGCGGGUGCCGUACCGCGUGGUGGGGUUAGUGGUGGGGCCAAAGGGGGCGACCAUCAAGCGCAUCCAGCAGCAGACACACACCUACAUCGUGACGCCCAGCAGGGAGAAGGACCCCGUGUUCGAGGUGACAGGCAUGCCUGAGAACGUGGACCGAGCCCGGGAGGAGAUCGAGACGCACAUCACGCUGCGGACCGGGGCCUUUGUGGACCUCCAGGGAGACAACGACUUCCACACUAACGGAACCGACGUCAGCCUAGAGGGCCUGGGCUCGCUGGCUGGGGGACUGGGCGCCGCUCUCUGGGCUCGGGCCAACAACCCCCACCCUGCCCCUCCACCCCCGCCUCCCCCUCCACCACCCCCGCUCCCCCUGGCCAUGCACCACUCGUCUGGGAGGAAGCUGUCCUCCUUGGCCGCCUACCACCAACACAACGGAGGGAUGGGCUCUGAGAGCUACUGUGCCCCCAGGAGGGCCACUGAGGGAGGCAGCCCCACCAGCCCAUUCAGCACAAGCUCCAGCAACGCCGGCGGAGGAGGGGGGUUCACUUUCGGGGGCGACUCCACCCCGGGCCUCCCCUCUGAGGAGCUGGGCUUUGAGUUCAGCGCCGCAAACAUCUGGGCCCCUUUUGUCAACGGAGGAGGGAAGAUCCCAGGCACCUCUCAGAAGCAGCCUCUCCGCCGAAACAGCAGCGGCCUGAGUGGCGGCGCCGUCACCCCCCGCCUGUCCCCCACCCUGCCCCCCGACACCGUGGUGGGACCCCUGGAUCAUCCACUGGCUCGUCGGGCCCAGAGCGACCCGCUCAGCACCCUCUCCUGGCUGCAGUCGGGCGGUGCCGGUGCAGGGUCCUUCUCUGGAGCAUCUAGCUCCAGCUCCGGAGGCUCAUCCACCGGCUACUCCUCCUGCUCAGCCUCCUCCCUGCCCGGAGGCUCUCCCACCGACUCAGAGGGCGGGGGCAGCGGAGUGGGCCUGGCCUCUGGCAUGCUGGGCCGGCUGAAAGCCGCGGCAGGCUCUGGUGCUGGGGGUCUGGUUGGCAUGGGGCCAGGGGGCGUGAGCAGGGACUGCUUUGUGUGCUUUGAGAGCGAGGUGACAGCGGCUCUGGUGCCGUGCGGCCACAACCUGUUCUGCAUGGACUGCGCCGGACAGAUCUGCCAGUCCGCUGAGCCUGAGUGCCCUGUCUGCCAUUCCACUGCCACACAGUGCAUCCGUAUCUUCUCCUAA